AUGAAUGAAAGGUUCAAAGAUGAGGAGAGAAGUGAGGAGAUAUUUCAAGAAGUGGUUUUUGUCCUAUGGAGAAUUUGCAGAAGUAGAAAUGCUGCUGUCUUCAAAGGAGAUUUGAAAAACCCAAUGGAGGCCAUGGUGAUUUUAAGACAACACCUUCAGGAAUAUAGGAAUGCUCAACCUACCAAAAAGGUGCUGACACCAAUUGGUCAGGCCGUUUUAGAGGAUGAAUUUGCUGGGGCAAGGGUGCGAUGGAGGAGGCCUUUAUUUGGUACGUUGAAGGUGAUUUGCGACGGGGCUUGGAGUGCGAAGACAAUGCGGGGAGGUUAUGGAUGGGUUAUGAGGGACUUUGCAGGUAUACUGAAGAUGGCGGGAGGGGCGGGAGGCUGCUUUUUCAAUAAUGCUGCGGUGGUGGAGGCAGCUGCAGUUCGUGCUGCGCUGAUUUUCUACUGGGAACAAGGAUGCUCGAAGGUUGAGAUAGAGUCUGAUGCUCAAUCUUUAGUUAAGAUGAUCAAUGGAGAGGUUUCUACGGAUGCUACUUUCGACUGUAAUUUAUUCUUAACCCCUCAACUAGAGGAGGUAAAGUUUCUGUUUGUCCCGCGGAGUGGCAAUAUGGUUGCUCGUGCGGUUGCUUCACAUACGCCCGGCGCAUGUUUUUAG